AUGUCAUCAGAUAUUCCAUCUGCCAGCAUCACCCACUUCAAUGAACCGUUCAUUUCUGCCCUUGAUGCUGCUGCCCCUGUCAACGUCCUCGAUGACCCUAACUACUACGCCCGCUAUCCGCGGUCUCUUCUUACAGUAUCCAACACGGGUAGUUUCAUGACAGGAACUGGAUCAGCUAUCUACGAAGCUCUGAACCCGCUCUUAAGAGAGGCACAUCAGGAGCUCAUUCUUGUCACAUGUUUUUGGGCACGUUCAGCAUCACUUGAAUCGCUGAAUGCUGUCCUGCGGAGUCUAUCGGACAAAGCAGUCAGGAGAGGAACAGACAAAAUCCGUGUUCGGCUAUGUUUCUCAUCAUCGUCCUUGUUUCAGAAACUUUUUCACACCCAAUCUGCCACUGGACAAGCCUAUCCGAUGGCAGUAUGGGUAAAAAAGCUUGGAUUACCAGAUCCCUCUGAGCUUGGAGGCCUGGACAUCAGGAUCAAAUCCAUAUUCAUGCUCCCUUUUAGCGUUAUGCACCCCAAAUUCGUGGUCAUUGAUCGAAAAACAGUAAUCCUGCCGAGCUGCAACAUCAGCUGGGAAGAAUGGUUCGAGGGUGCUUUUGUUCUAGGUGGGCCUGUUGUGGAGCAGUUUGUGAGAUUCUAUCACAGAUUUUGGGAUCAGCGAGAGGAAGGUCCUGCGCUCCCUAGCAGCAAUGAACCCAAUGCGAUUCAGAUCGUCGAGCAAGGCGCGCUCAAGUCUCUUGUUCAGGUCGAAUUUGGCCACGUACAAACUGUUUUCCUUCCUAGUCCGCAUCGAAGAAACCCCCAUUUCAGCUUCUUUGCAUCCUCCGAUGCUGUCGUUGCACCUCCCACACCACUCAACACAUUUGUGCUGACUCUUUUUGCAAAAGCGGAAAGGAGCAUCCGUAUCCAAACGCCAAAUGUUACCGCACCACCUGUACUUUCAGCUUUACUCAAAGCUUUGGCACGAGGUGUAGAUGUACAAAUCUUGACUUCAGAGCGGCUUAUGAUACUUGAACAGCUCGUCACAGCCGGGACAACAACCUCUCGUUGUAUCCAAACACUAAUUAAGCGUUACCGAUCAAUUACGUCAUCAAACUCACAACGACCCCAAAGCGACGAGGAAGCCGCAAUUGCAAGUACCAGGCCAGGGCGUCUCCAGGUCGCGUACUUUGAGCCCAUCGGUGGGUCAAAGAAAAGAGGACAAGAAGGUGGUGAACCACAACAGAGUCAUCUCAAGAUGACGAUUGUCGACAAUGAAGUGCUUGUGUUAGGGUCUGGAAAUCUCGACCGUGCCAGCUGGUUCACAAGUCAAGAGCUAGGCGUGGCAUUUUUCCAUUCAGGGGUGGUCAAGAGCGUAGCAAAUGCUGUGGAUAUCGGUAUGGAGGGCCGAAGCAAACUUUUAUUCGACAGCGAAAGCAUGCAAUGA